AUGAUGGCCAAUCUCGACAAGCCGCCGCGGAACGAGAGCGUCUCGUCGAUGCACGACUGGACGCAGCGCAACACCGAGUACCCGUCCUCCGACGGCGGCAGCGUCUCGCCCACCGACUCGGUCGGCGCGACUCUCUGGAACUGGGCGAACGGCCGCUCGACUGGCCCGUCUGCGCAGACGACGCCGGCUACGAGCCGCGACGCGAGCGUGGACGGCGGCGGGCAGUUUGCGGGCGGCACCCUCCCCGGGGGUGCCGGAGGCAUCCCGUCCGUCGCGUCCAACAGCAGCCUCUGGAACUGGCGCGACUACUCCUCCUCGCACGGAGGCAUGCCGCGCAACUCGUCGGCCUCGCGCCUGUGGGCGUUUGGGCAGGGCGCCGGCCGCUCGCCGACCACGAGCCCGCCCGUCUCGCGCGAGGCGAGCGCGCACGCCGGCAGCGAGCUCCGCGGGCUUGGAGCUAUGCGCCUGUCCGUGCCAGGGACGUCGCACGGCACUACCGGCUCGCCGGCCCCGCUUGCCAUCCCCGGACGGCACGACCGGCUCGCCGGCGCCGUCGCCUAA